AUGGAAAGUUCUCGCCACCAAUACAAAUUUAUAUGCAUACGCGAAAGAAUCAAAAAACCACAGUCUACACCACCGAUCUUGGGCAUAACUACACCGGAAGAACUCAAGGUUUUCAUUGGCGCUCAAAUUUAUAUGGGAAUUACUAAGGAACCAGAGCUAAAAGACUAUUGGGAUGAGGGCCUUGAGAAUGGCUCUGUUCAUGCAAAGCACCCAUUAUCUGCUUAUAUAACGCAGUAUCGAUAUGAGCAAUUAAAACGAUAUUUUCAUAUAUCCCCACCCCCCGAGAUAUCUGGAGGCUUUGCAUCAACUUACUACCGCUCAGAGCCUACCCUGGAGCAAGAAUUACAAAUGAGCGAGGAGCAAUUGAGCGGUAUUUGGUGGCAUAAAGUUCAUAUUGUGCUCGAUAUGCUACGAAGGACCUCAAAAGCUUUUGUUGAUCUAUUCAAAAUGCUUUGUGAUAUACAAGUUGGAGCUUGUGGCACUACUCGGCAUACUUCCUGCGGCAAAGAUUUCCCGAAUUUGCUCAAAAAACUUAAGGAUUUGAGCAAUUAUAUCCCAUAUCACAAAGUUUGUGCUAUCCCGGUUGAAGACGUCCUCUGCUUUGCAUGGCAGGAUAAUAAUAUUGUCCUUGGCCUCACUACAAUUCAUACUGUUAACAAGACAGAAGAUUACGUUGAGCGUGAGCGCCGAAGGCCUCAAAUAACUUCAACAAAUGGCGCCUUAGUACGCCGUGAAUUCGGGGAUCAGGCCGUUAAAAAUAUGCUCAUUCCACGCUUUAUUGACGAUUACAAUAAUUAUAUGGGGGCAGUGGAUAUAGCCAAUCAGCAUCGAGCUGCGUACGAGACUCACGUAAAGGCCUUUCGCUCAUGGUGGCCUUUAUGGAACUGGUGUUUAGAUGUCAGUAUUAUCAAUACCUGGAAACUGCAUUCCUUACGCUGUACAGAGCUGGGAAUAGCUUCAUUAUCUCAUGCCACUUUCCGGAGGCGGCUUUCCAAGCAGCUCUUAUCCUUUAGGCCUUUGAGUACGGUGUAUCAAGUGAGGCCGAUGAAGCGCAAGACGGAGGACCUACAACUGCCAGAACUACGAUUGAAUGAUUCCUUACCACAUAUUGCUGUACGAAGUCCCGUGAGCGUUCAAAAACGCUGCAUUUGGUGUCGAUAUAAGAAUCCUAAACGCCAAAAAGGGGGUGGGAUAGGGUUCACGUUAUUUAUAUGUAAGGCCUGCGACCUGCCACUUUGUCGGCCGGGAUCCGGGAAAACGUGUUUCCAGGACUUUCAUACGCGUUAA